UAGUCGUGUAGUGCAACUGGUGUGACGUUCGUGGCAUCGAAGGCGUCCAAACGGUCCAAACAGUACCGCAGUUUCUUGCCUACUGGCCGCUUGUUUUGCUUUUUGGAUCUGAGUUUAUGCCAAAAAGAAGGUCCCUAGGGGCUAUGGGGGACAGGACCAAGGAUGGGCAAGGCUUUGUGGCAGCCGUGGACGUUGGCAGCACCAUGCUGCGCUGCCACAUUUACGACGUGAAAACUGCCAUACGGGGUUCGGCAGCUGCUAAGGUGGUAACGCACAGCCCACUGCCGGGGGUGUUUGAGAUUGACCCAGAGCACCUUUGGAAGACGUUUGUGGACACAAUCAGGUCGGCAAUAGAUGCUGCUUCGCUCCACGCAAGUGACAUCAAGGCUCUGGGGAUUUCCACGCAACGUGGGACAUUCACCACGUGGGACAGGUCUACGGGCAAGGUUUACCACAACUUCAUGUCAUGGAAGGACACCAGGGCAGAAAGACUAUGCCACGAAUGGAACAAGAGUCUGCGCAUGAUGGCGCUGCGCCUGAGCGCUCGGUUGCUGCACUGGGUCACUAGGAGACCACGGUUCUUGGUAGCCAGCAUCCUGAGGUUCGAGCCGGGCUUGGCUGUCAUGAGGCUCCUUUGGGUCUUGCAGAACAUUCCUGGGCUUCAGGAAGCUACGCAGGCGGGCAAAGUCCUUAUGGGGACGGUUGACACCUUUCUGCUCUGGAGGCUCACUGGAGGCAAAGUGCAUGCCACCGACCCGUCCAACGCUUGCAUCACAGGCAUCUUCGAUCCUUUUACCAUGGAGUGGUCACAACUCAUCAUAGACAUGUUGGGCAUACCGACUUCAUUGCUCCCUCGUGUUUUGAAUACAAGCGGUAUUUUCGGACAUGCUGACUCAAAAAUCCUAGGCGCUGCCAUUCCAAUUGCAUGCAUGAUUGGAGACCAGCAGGCUUCCUCUUUCGGCGACUGCUGCUUCGACGAGGGCGACAUCAAGUGCACCAUGGGCACCGGAACUUUCUUCAACGUCAACACCGGCGGCGUUCCCUACGCUUCCACCUCAGGCAUCUAUCCGGUUGUUGGCUGGAAGAUUAACGACGUUGUUACCUACCUGGCCGAAGGGAGCAGCUACGACACUGGGACCGCCAUUACCUGGGCUGAAGAGCUAGGUCUUUUGAAGGAGCCCAUGGAGAGCAGCACUCUGGCAACUUCUGUUCCAAGCUCCAAUGGCGUCUUUUUCGUGCCGGCAUUCAGCGGCCUUCAGGCUCCAGUAAAUGAUGCCUAUGCCGCCUCCGGCUUCCUGGGGAUUACCCCCAGCACCAGGAGGGGCCACCUGGUCAGGGCCAUCCUCGAGUCGCUGGCCUUCCAGGCCAAGCAGGUUUACGAGAUGAUGGCCACGGAGGUUUACGUCGCCCCAACCAAAAUGAGGUUCAACGGCGGCGUUGCCAAGAACGACUUCUUGCUGCAGCUGUUGGCAGACAUGCUGGAGCGCCCGCUCGUGCGUGCCAAACACCACGACACAAGUGCCUUGGGGGCAGCUUUUCUGGCGGGGCUGGCCUUGGGGAUCUGGUCGAGCACGGAGGAACUGAAGAAGCUGAGGCAGGACGGUAGCGAGUCGGAGCCUUCGGCCGAGCGGUUGGCGGCGUACCGGCCGGUUUUUGAACAAUGGAGACGGGCAGUCAAGCGAUUUCUGCACUGGCACUUGCCGAAGGCCGCUCCCUGAUCGUGCCAGACUCGAUGGCGAGUCAUUUGGUUGACCGGUACUGGAAGCGGGUAUUGUUAUUAGUUGGGCAGUGUGCAUUGGAUUGUUAGGAACCAUGGCUACUUGGCCUUUUGGUUUCAGUGGCCGGGAUGGAAGGUUGUGCCUUCAUUCGACAUUCCAGUCGUCGAGCAUCGCAUUUACUCUCACUUGUGGACAAGAGCUAUCGAGCCUCUAUAUUGUCCUCGGGCCAGAUUGUAUACUGUUCUGUCUAUACCCUUAAGUGACGAUGUUUGGUUGAGGCUUUUUUAUCAUUGAUACUUGCUCAACUAACCUUGGGGUCUGCAGUAUUAAUUGUUUUUGCAAUCAGUUGUGAUGAACAUACUGUUCGUAGCCAGGAAGGUUUUGCUCAUUUAAAGAAAAUUUCGAGCCUUGCAGUUAAAAAAAAAAAAAGGGCCAAAGUCGCCGCUGCUGUUGCUGCCACCACGCCUAUUCUCGAAGAAAUGCGUGAGCAUUUCGCGCGGGGUUUUUAUAAGAAGGCAUGGGAAAUUCAGCCUCUCUGCUCUUUUCCGUUGCAUUAACGUUCCCCAAAUGUGAGGCCGCGGCGGAACCGGUCCAGUCCAAACCACGUCAUCUAAACGAAAACGGCCGCAUGCACCAAGGCAAUAAAUGCUAGCGCAUUUUAAAAAUGUACCCCUUAAAUUUUGCUGAUCGGGCCGUUCGCAAAACUAUGGCGCAGCAAAGUUAAGGCGGGAGCGGUAAAUAUUCCACGGGUGUACGAUAAACUGUUCAGAGGCAGGUUGAAAUGUGCUGCCAUGAAAUACACUGCUGCAGUUCAGCAAUAGGGAAUCUACUGUUGAAUCGUGGCAGUUUCAUGGCUUAGCAUUUUCGAAUGCAUCUUGGUCGGCGUUUUUCUCCCUUUUGGCUGGCACUCGAUUGAGCGAGCUUUUUGCCUCCGACUCAGCAAGGCAUUACAGAUACUUCUGAUGUAAUUCUGUAUUGCAAUUUGCUAUAAUAUUCCGAGUGUGCUAACGAGUGAACAAAGCAUAUUUGCAAUUACACAUGGUGUCAUACACAUUUUGUUUCUGUUUGUCUUGUGCAGCCAUAGUCAUUUUAACAUACUCGUGUUGGUUUUGAAGUUUUUGCAAAUGAACAAGUUUUGAUAUGCUAGACUGUGUCUUGGACAGAAUUUGUGAUGUUGUUGAGCUUGAAUCCCGAAUCAUUCCAUUGAAGGGCAGGUGUGCCUAAUAUGUUUCGGUGUUUGAAGAUUCCGAUUCAGAUGGUGCAAUACCAGUGCUUUUGCAAUUAUUAUAUUGAAUGAAGUAAGAGGAUGUUUAGUGGUUAUCUCACUUAGGGCGAUUGUUUUUACUCUGUACGAUGGAUAUAUUUUUUUUUUAACUAAGCAUUUCCUAAUGUCUUUUUUUUUACUAUAAUCCCUAAUCUACCUGUUACUUCUUCCAAUUUACCUUAAAUGCAGCUCUCUAUCACAUUAAUUCUUGUAGAGUAUAUUUUAUAUGAUAUUCAUAUUUGUACAGUUUGUACCAUAUGUUUUCGUCCACUUUCUCACUGUGUUGCCUGCACUUUGAGUCCACUUGAAACAUUAUGUUAGAGAGGCUAUGUGUUCCGUGUUCCAUCUUGAAGAUGAACAAUCUCGAGAAUGGAAGCAUUGUGAGCUGUGGACGUGGGAGCAGACUGUGCAUGCAGUUUCAGUUGAUCAGAAUCACUGUGUUCAUUUUGUUGCUCCUGCGAUGAUCUUGUGAUAACGGUACAUAUCUUGCGCUUGCUGCCUUACGCAUGAACCUAUGCAUAAUUGAGUAGGAUAAAAGUACCGCUAAAAAUGAAAGAUUGUGUGCCAAAUCACCAAAGCGCGUCGGCGCACGGAUGCAGGGUCUUUAGGAUUAAUCUAGACUUCCUGUGAAUUUUUUGACAUGCAACCAAUAUCAGUUACAUGGUGCCCUAGCUCUUCAAGAGGUGUCUAUCAAGUUGCGGGCCCCUCGACCAGAUUUAAACCCAGCAAUGAGGGUCUUUAGGCCGGCGCUCCGAGCCACCGGGGUGGCCGAUAAGUAUGAUGAAAGAAUCUCACAGUUGGGACUGGCUGCAGAAGAUGAAGGUGAGGCUUUGAGUAGCACACAGGAGCAGUUUUUCACCCAUAUUUUAAAAACAGCUGCUAUCCACAUUGAAUAAUUGAUGUUCUUUUAUUUUCUAAAUUACGUCGUCUGUGAUGCUCAUGCUGUUAUAUGCUAAUACCCUCCAUCAAGAAAUGCUCAUGUCGAACUAGCAGUCUCAUAACCCCCCCUUGGCAACUUAGUGGGUAAAAUGGUUUCGUAAUUUCUCAAGCGUCGAACAAAAGGCAACUUUUAUAUCUGGGUUGCCCACUAGAUCAUCGUUUUGGUGUGAAUUGUGCUUUUGAUAGAAAAAAAAGAUACAAAAAAAAACAAAAAACAUUGCAAUGUUUAUAUAUUGUAUUUUUACAUGAAUGCUGAACUGUAUGCAGCUUUGGUUCUCUCAUUGUUUGUAUAUUGAAGUGUACAGUAAACAUCUAUUUUUGUAGGAAAAGAGCAUUUUAUGGUUACAAGUAAUGUACAGUCGACAUCACAAGAAGAUUAGCCAAGUGACCAGUUGAUGGUCAAAGCGGUGAAACCGCCACCAAAGUAUCGCGCUUC